UGAAAGCAUGACAACAUCAUGUGAGUGGUAGAAGUCAUACCAGAACAAUAUCUAUGGUUAAUGUGGUGGCAUCUACAUAACAUCAAGCCCCUCUCUCAACAACAGCCAAAGGAUUUUAACAAGAUCAAGUAUUUGUAUCAAAGCAAGAGAGGACGGAAAAUGUGCAAAGGAAUCCAUCAUCGGGGUUUACAUGCAGCCUUAGUGACCUCCAUGCUUAGAGAACCAGCAUGCAAUGCACGGACAAGACCUACGUUGCCAAGCAACAGCAGUCAAACGAAGAUGGACACUUCAGAAAAUCAAACAGACAAACCUAGCCUACAAGAUGGAGGAGCGGAGGGGGAGGUAGCUGAGAUUCCUGAGGGCAUGUACUAUGACUAUGAGGAGCUCUACUCUAGGCCUGUAACCACCGCAGACUCCAACAUCCCAGAGAACUUGCUGCACCUGUCUCACUCCUUUGGUUAUGACUGCGGCCGCAGGGCUAACUUGCAGGUGCUGGACGAGCAUACGCUUGCCUUUGUGGCGGGCAACCUGCUCGUCCUCCUGGACAUGAAGACCAAAGAGCAGCGCUACCUGCGCUCAUGUAGUGGGGGAGGCAUUGGAACCAUCAUGUCUCACCCCAGUAAGGGAUAUUUCGCAGUGGCAGAGAAGGGCCACCAGCCCAACAUCAUUAUUUAUGAGUAUCCAUCACUGAGGCCCUACCGCAUUCUCAGAGGGGGCACAGAACAGGCCUACAGCUUUGUGGACUUCAACCGUGACGGCACCCUGCUGGCCAGCGUGGGUAGUGCGCCCGACUACAUGCUGACGCUGUGGACCUGGAGUCAGGAGCAGGUGAUCCUGAAAAGCAAAGCCUUCUCCCAGGACGUCUACCGGGUCACCUUCUCCACGGACAACCCCGGCCAGCUCACCACCUCCGGAUCAGGACACAUCAAGUUCUGGAAGAUGGCCAACACCUUCACAGGCCUUAAACUGCAAGGACAGCUGGGGAGAUUUGGGAGGACUGCCCUCACUGAUAUUGAGGGUUAUGUGGAGCUGCCUGAUGGCAAGGUGCUGUCAGGGUCAGAGUGGGGCAACAUGCUGCUGUGGGACGGAGGGCUGAUUAAGGUGGAGAUCUGCCGAAGGGCGGGUAGGACGUGCCAUGCAGGCACCAUCCAGCACUUCUCCUUGGACGAGGGCGAGCUUCUGACCAUCGGCACCGACGGAGCCAUCAGGAGCUGGGACUUUGAGAGCAUCGAUCAGGCGGACUGCACGGACGACAGCGGUCAGAUGGAACUGGAGCCCAUGAAUGAGAUGGUGAUCGGACGCAACGUCAGCCUUGUGUCCAUGGUGAAGUGCUCCUCUCCGGACUCCCCCAUCUGGUUUGCCCAGGAUUCAAAUGGUUCAAUUUGGAAACUGGAUCUGUCCUUCUCCAAUAUGACCCACGAUCCAGAGUGUCUUUUCUCUUUCCAUGCCGGUGUGAUCCAGGCCAUGGAUGUGUCUGGCAACAGUCACCUCAUGGCCACCAUAGCUCUUGACUGCUCUCUCAGAAUUUUUGACUUCCUGUCUAACAAGGAGAUUUUCACCACUCGCUACAAGCAGGGAGGAACAGCCCUCACCUGGGCACCCCGCAUAGUUCACAGAGCGAGCGGUCUGCUGGCCGUAGGUUUCAAGGAUGGUGUUGUGCGUCUUAUGGAGAUGUAUAGCCCCCAAAAGCUGUAUGGGAGGUCUGGGGUCACUCACAGGGGAGAGCUUGAGCUCCGCCUCAGACAGGCCUUCAAGCCCCACAGUGCACCUGUGACAGCCAUCGCGUAUGAGCGCAACGGAGAGAUCAUGGCCACGGGGAGUGCAGACUGCACUGUAUUCUUCUUCACUGUUGGGGACAGUUACGAGCCCAUAGGCUUUGUGAAUGUACCAGGGCCAGUACAGAGUCUCGAGUGGUCUCCACAGUCUCAUGAGAGGAGCACUCUGCUGAUUCUGUGUAACGAUGGGCAUGUGGCAGAGGUCGAUGCCCCAGAGCAAGACACAGGGAACAUUAGGAGUACAUACCUGCUGCAGGGACUUAAAGUCCACCACUUCUGCUUCAGCAGCAUUAAAUCCAGCCUCAAGAGGGAUGCGGAGAUUGCCCGUCGUCAGGCCCUGAAGCAGAAGAGGCUGAAGGAGAGGGAUGCGCGUGUGAAGAAGGCUGAGGACCAGGAACGCCAGCCCACCGAGGAGGAGCAGCGACUGGAGGGGGAGGAGGAGGAGGAGGAAGAGCUGCCCGCUAUCCACAUCCCCUCACCCCCCAGCCCACUCCUCUGUGGCUUCUACUCGCAGCCCGGGAGCUUCUGGCUGUCUUUUGGCGGGUAUGACUCUGGGUACUUGUAUCACUGUAAGUUCUCUGAGGAGCAGACUGAAGACCCAGAGAAUAGCAAGGACAAGCCUUGCGCCUUCAUCCCAGUGCAGGACGCAGAUGAGGACCCCAUCCGCACAGUGGCCUUUAACUCCAGCCGCCAGCUGAUGCUGUGUGGUAUGCAUUCGGGUCGUAUCCGCGUGUACCCCGUGGAGUCUGGCGACCACCACCUCACCUCCAUGCAGGCCUUCUGGUCUCUCAGCGUCCAUGACAACCAGUACGGGCACGUGCAGCAGGUGCGCUGUAGCUAUGACGACCAGUUUGUCCUGACGACAGGCCAGGAUGGCAACAUCUUCUCCUUCAGCCUUCUGCCUCAGCAGGAGCUGCAGGAGGCUCUGAAGCAAGUCAAGGCCAAAGUGCCCUCCCCAAGGAUUGGUAUAGAAGCGGACACAGCUGCCCCGGACAUAGAUGACCCCACUGCCUACAGCAUAGAGACAGCUAAGCAGAAGGUGGAGCUGGAUCGUAUGCGUUGUGAGGCUGGGCAGCGUAAGGUCGAGAAACGCAAAAAGUUGGCUGAGCUGCAGGGGUACUUCGAGCAUCUGCUGAAGCAGAACAACAACCUGCCAGCAAACGUCAGGCUGCACAGAGUGGAGCUGGAGCUAGAUCCACGUUUCCGUGAGGAGACAGAGAGAAUGACGGCCCAGAGAGUAAGAGAGGUCAGGAGAGAGCUCGCCUGGGAGGAGGAGAGACACCGUAUCGGCCUCAGGAAAAUACAGGAGCGGUUCUGGGACUCAGUGUCAGAGACGGUGACGGUGGUGGCUUUCUGCAGCGACCACCGCAUCUCCACCUACCGGCUGCUGGCGCUGUCCGAACGCUUCGACAUGCUGAAGCAACGCUCCCAGGCCCACACAGCGCUGGGCCAGCAGGACCGCCGCCGCAGCUCGGCUGACUCCAAAAAGGGCCCCGCCACCGACCCAGACGACCAGGAGGAGCUGGGAGCGACUGGUGCUGCAGUGCGCCAAGUGCGUGCGGCUCAGCCUGGUGCAAACAGGCUGGCCGGCCGUCAGGCCGAGAAACUCCGCAAAGCAGCGGAGAAAGCAGAGAAAGCCCGAGCCAAGAUAGAGAAGAGGAAGAAGGAGUGGGCUGAACUCUACGCGUCCAAGCCCAGUGAAGACUGUGAGGACCCGGAGGACGUAAAGGCCAUCCGCAGCGCCACUGAGAACAUGGGCGACUUCAAACUCAAGACGGCCAAGAACUUCAGCGUGCCCGAACACCUGCGCAUAAACGCUGAGAAGAAGAGAACCCAGCUGGUCGUAAUGGAGGAGAAGAUCUACAAUCAAAAGACGGAGAUGAACACUCGUGUGAUGGACCUGCGCAACACCAAGGUGGAGCUGCUCGCCUCUCUGCACUCCCAGCUCAGGCGUCUGCAGGACGUCCAGGAGCGCCUGCCCCCGUCCUUGCGCCAUCCGCUGCCCUCUCUGCCCUCCUUACUUCCCGAGGAGACCCCGGAGAAGAAGCUGCGCUACACCCGCGCCACCCUGCGCCGCUACAACGCCCUCCUCAAGGCCAGGCAUGGGCGUCGGCACGGUGGCGAGGAGGGCGAGGACGACCUGCUGGCAGAGCUGGAGAUGGAGGGACGAGACGAGGAAGAGGAGGAGAGGGGGGAAGAGAAGAGCACAAAGCCUACUGAGGUGGGGGGAAAGGAGGAGCAGGAGCUGACAGAGAUGGAGGAGGAGAUGAGGAGGCUGGAGGAGAUCAGGAACCUGGAUCUGCAGGACAGCCUGCUGCGGGAGAUGGAUGAGGCGGUGUGGCAUUUCGACGCUGAGCUGUGUCUGCUUCGGCAUGAGAAGCUGACCCUUGACAUCCAGAUGAAGAUGGUCGACCUGCACCACGUCACGCUCUUCCAGGAGCUGCUGCUGCUGGAGUUUGAUCAGAGGGAGAACCCGCUGCAGGAACGCCUCAACGCAAGCAUGAAGGAGGAGGACCAGCUUGUGGAGAAGCUGCAGGAGUUUAAGAAGCAGCUGGAGCUGAAGCGGAGGGACAUCAAUAAGCUGCAGGAGAGAGAGAGGGCCAACGCCGCCACCUUCCAGGCCUCCCUCGGAGACAACAACAAGUUUGCCGAGUUCCUCACCUGCGUCUUCAAGAAGAAGAUCAAGCGCGUCAAGAAGAAAGAGAAGACGGGCGACGUUGAGGAAGAUGAGGCCAGUAGUGAAAGCUCAGACGAGGACUCAGACUGGGAUGAUGAUGAUGAGGAUGAUGAAGGUUCUGAGGGUGGCGGAGGCCUGGAUGUGCGUGUGUGUCCUCCGAACUGUGACCAAGAGCUCUUUGAGAACACACUGCAGCUGCGUGAGCGGCGUCUGGACCUGGAGGAUCUGCUUGCUGAGGAGAAGAAGUUGGCCGACGGCCUGAAGAAAGACUGUGAUGCGCUGGCCAAGAAGGCAAAGAUUGUGCGGAGCACCCAGAAGGCAGCAGAGAGCGAUCUGGAGCUCUUCAACAGAGAGAAGCAGCAGAAACUCAAUGAGCUGGACGUGGUGGUGCCGCUCAGACUGCACCAGAUUGAGUUUAUGGUGAACGGCACGGUGCCCAGGAGUCUGGGCUCAGCUCUGGUACUGAACACGACGGCGCUGAUCCGAGUGCAGGGUCGCAUCCGAGAGCUGCAGCAGGAGAAGAGCCAGCAGAGGGAGCUCUACCGGCAAGCUCGCCAGCAACACGUCACUCUGCAGCACGAACACAAGGACGUGGAGGCCAACAUACAGGAGCUAGAGAGCCGCUGUGAGCACCUGAUGCUGAUAAAGUUUGGGAAACUGGUGGACCUUGAGGCCCUGCAGACGUUGUCCGGUAACAGGUCCCUGGAGGAGAUGAGACAGGAGAGCCGUAUCAGAGAGGUGGACUACAUACAGGAGCUCAAGGCCUGGGAGGCUAAGCUGUGUAAGGCUCGUGAGGUCCUAAUAGAGGCGACCCGUCAGCACACAAACAGACUACGAUGUAUGAACAGCCUGCUGUGUGAACGGAAGGAACUGGAAGACAAACUCAACAGCAGACAGAAAAAGAUGGGUGCUCAGUUUCAGAGCGGGCGGCGUGCCGAUGUGGAGUCGCUGCGUCGGCUGCAAGAGCAGGUGGAGUCCCAGGCCCAGGAGGCGGCCCUCAUGCGGGCGGAGAUCAGCAUGCUCUCCCGCAAGGGCGGCCAGAUCCUGCCCCCGCCAGAGUCGCCACUGCCCCCGCAGUCCGGUGUGCCCACACGCUCCACACGCACACACCACACCACACGGCAGAUACGCAGACGCACACAGCUCUCCAGCAACCAGUAGAGGCUGAAAAUCAGCAUACACACACACCACACUUCACACUAGAUAUGCAUAUGCACAUGGCUCUUCAGUAACCAGUAGAAGUUCAGUAGAAGAAUCCUGACUGUGAGAGUAGUACUACACACACACACACAAAGCAAAACUGUACACACAUACAGACACACGCACACAGAUGCAGAUACACAGAUGACAUGGCACAUACAUGCAUCACACCCCUAUUGCUAAACUUUAUAAUUCUUGCACAGAAUAAACUUCACUGUUUUGCACUACU